GCCACCAAAAUUAAAAAUAAAAAUUAGAAAAAAAGAGAGAGAGAGAGAGAGGAAAAAAAGAGAGCGAAAGCCUUCGCCCCCAUUCCUUCGUCCCGCUCCCUCACCCCGAAGAUCCCCGACCCCAAACCCUAACCCUAACCCUAACCCUAAAUCCGUACCUCCUCGUCCCCCCUCCCAGCUCCGUCCUCUUCCUCCCGCGUUCCCUCUGCUCCGAGCCAUGCGGAUCCGGAGGUGCGCCUCGAAGCUUGUGGGCUCGGCUGCGGCGGUGUACCCCUCGCCGCCCCAAUCAUCCCACCAGUGGGCGCCGCCGCCGCCUCCGCCGUCGCCGCUGCCGCCGCCGCCGCCGCCGCCGCCGUGGGUCGCGGGGGUCCUCUGCGAGCUCAACCGCUCCCCGUGGGAUCUCAUCCCCGAUCUCGACGACGACGACGACGCCGAUCCCCAGUACGAAGGAUUCGACGACGAACCACCCAUGGCGAACGCAAAAGCGGAGGAGGAGGAGGAAGAAGAAGAAGAGGAUGAUACAAUGGACGAGUAUCCAGCAGCAGCAGUAGUAGAGAAGGAUAAGAAGAAGAGUGAGGAUAAGAAGAAGGUGACAAAGAAGAAGAAGAUGCAGAAGGAGAAGGAGAUCGGCUGGGCGAGCAGUAAUGCGGUGGUGGCGUCGGGGUCGGGGCAGUCUGUCGCGACCUGCAAGAAGAGCGACGGCAAGGGCUGGCACUGCAAGCGGCCCGCCCACCAACCCCACUCUCUCUGCCACUACCACCUCACCCAGCUCCGCUCCUACAGCACCAGCUACGCCUCCGGCGGCGGCGGCAGCAGCAGCAGCAAAAGUGCUUCCUCGUCCGCCCGGGCCGAUUCCAAAAGCCGGAAGAAGAAAUCCGCCGAAGCAGUCGGCGCCAACUUCUACUACUACUACUACUCCGGGUUCGGCCCGUGGCGCGGGAAGAGGAGAGGCGGCAGCAGCGUCAAUCCCGCCGAACAACGACACCGCGAAGGAGCAGCAGCAGAAGGGGAGGAAGAAGAAAGAGAAGACGACGAGGACGACGACGAAUGCGACGAAGGCGGGCGGAACAACACUCGGGACCAGCGCGAUAACGACAACUCUCCCGUGGCGGGCGGCGACGAAGAGAGCAUCGAUAACGGUGACGACAGUGACGGCGACGACGACGAUGAUAAUGGUUUCGAGAAGAGGAGGAGGAAUUAUCGGAAGCGAGGGAGGAAGCCCGUGAAAGCUCGAUCGCUCAAAUCUCUACUUUGAUUCAAUCUUUUCGUUGUUGCAUGUUAGUGUGUUGUGUGUGUGUGGAUUAGAUCGCAUGGAUUAGGUUUUUGUUAGUUGUUUAUUAUGUAUUGCUCGAGUUAGCUUGUUUCUGGGAGUUUACGAUCGUUAGCUGCUUCAGCUCCACUAUA